CAUCAUUAAAAAUAGCGGAGAGGGUGUGAGAGAGUGCGGUAGGAGAAGGCUGCAUGAUGAGCCCCGUAUUUCGAUCAUGUCCUCAUCCGGGACCGACUCAACUUUAGGAUACUUUGACAGCAUCGUGGCUCCUUCCAAGCGUGUUCACCAAUUUUUUUAAUUUUUUUUUUAGAUUGUAUUUUUAUGUAAUCUCUUUUUAUUACAUAGGCUAUAAAAUCAUUUUGAUUCCAUAUCUGAAUAGAUGUAUUGCCAGUCAACGUAUCUUUAUGAAGCACUCAACUAUUUGUGAAUUCCUCUGGGAAGAACAGGUGUUAAAAAUCUGCGGAUUCAAUACAAACGAAGGCAAACAUUUGUUACAAAGUUGCAAUUUAGCGUUUGGAUAGGAACAACACAGGAAGAGGUCUUGAAGACGGAUGUAACUCCAUGACCAAUGUCGCGCGCGGUAACGAAUUUAUGAUUUGACAAAUGUUGCUCCCAACAUUGUGACAGUAGUACUUUCCUCGACGUGCUUUGGAUUUGUCUUCUACGUUCAACGAAUUGGACCAGUAGCCAAAUUAUCGGUCAGAAACCAAGACAUGGGGACUCAGGGCACCGGACGAAAAAGAAAUCCCAAUAAGGACAGGUCGACGGCCGAGGAUGAUGCCCUUAAUCUCAUAUCAAGAGAGGCAGAGGCCAGGCUGGCAGCAAAGAGGGCGGCCAGGGCAGAGGCCCGAGAAAUCCGUAUGAAGGAGCUGGAGAGACAACAGAAAGAGAUCUAUCAGGUUCAGAAGAAAUAUUACGGCUUGGACAACAAAUCAGACAAAGUAGACAGCGAAUGGGGACACAUCGAGCAAUGGAUGGAGGACAGUGAGAGGUACUCACGCCCCACACAGAGACAUACUUCGAUCUCAGACGAUGAUGAGCGGAUGUCUGUGGGCAGCCGAGGCAGUGUGAGGUCGGAUCUUGAUGCAAUAGGGGCCUACGGAAGAGGGGAGAAGGACAAGAAGUCCAAGAAAAAGAAGAAACACAAAGACAAACACAAAGAUCGUGACAGCAACGGCUAUGACAAUGAGUACAGUACUAUAUCCAGUCGGAGCUCCAGACUCGGUGAUGAGAGCGCUAGCAGGGUCUCUCGCUCAUCCAGACUAGAUCUGCAGCCGAGCUCCGGACUCAGUGAUGAGAGCAUUAGCAAGGUCUCUCGCUCCUCCAGACUGGACCUGCAACCGGCAUCCUAUGCUUCCUCUGACCUUAACAGCAACAAUGGUCUGUCCUCUUCUAGGCAACGGCUUUCUUCCUACGAGUCACCCGGGCUACUCAGCCAGAUCUCCUACCGGCGCCAUCACAGGGGCUCUUUGUAUGAGGACAGUCUGUACAGUGGGUCUCGACGGGUGACCGGCUCCAGCUCUCGUCAUUCAGAGUACAAUAGUUAUCGCGGCAGCGGUUCCAGGGCGUCCUCCAGGGCCAGCUCAGCCCGUGCCAGCCCAGUGGAUGAUGACUGCAACUCUGUGGCCAGCUUCCUGCGCAGCGCGGCCACCAGCAGUGGCCUGCCCAGAGACCUGGAUCACAUGACCAUCCCCAAUUUAUCGGACGUGGAGGACCGAGAUUACCUGGAAAAGGGAUCUCGAGCCGCUUCCACCCUAUCGGCAGCCACCCUCGCCUCGCUGGGCGGGUCUUCCUCCCGGGGAGAAAGUGGUGAAACGUCCAUCACUGGCGACACAGAAACCUCCAUACGAGAGAUCAAGGAGAUUCAUGAGCUGAAGGAUCAGAUCCAAGAUGUGGAGUCAAAGUACAUGCAGAGCCUCAAAGAAGUCAAGGAUACCUUAGUGGAGGUGGAGGAGAAGUACCGCAAGGCCAUGGUGUCCAACGCCCAGUUGGACAACGAGAAGAACAACCUGAUGUACCAGGUGGACACGCUGAAGGACUCGCUCAUGGAGCUGGAGGAGCUGCUGUCCGAGUCACGCCGCGAGUACGAAGGGAAGAGCAAGGACUUUGAGCGUGAGAAACAUGCCCACGGCGUGCUGCAGUUCCAGUUCAAGGAAAUGAAGGAAACACUAAAACAGAGCGAGGAGUUACUAACAGAGAUCCGUCAGAUGCGUCUCAAGCAGGACGGCUUUGUUAGGGAAAUCGCUGACCUGCAGGAAACCGUGGAGUGGAAGGAUAAAAAGAUUGGGGCCUUAGAGCGGCAAAAGGAGUAUUCGGAUGCCAUCCGAAAUGAGCGGGAUGAGCUCAGGGAUGAGGUGGUCCAGCUGAAAGACAUUCUGAAGAAACAUGGAAUUGUCCUCGGACCUGACCUGACUGCCAAUGGGGAAAUGCUGGAGUUGGGAACUGAAGGGUCAGCCAGUGGAGAUCCAGCUUCUCAAUUGGCUCAGGACUCCCAGAUGUCGCCCAUGGAAGGGGGGAACAGCAUGCUUGGCAGAGCUCAGGAGACGGAGUUGGGAAGUAGAGGAGAUAAGGUGGUGGAUCCAGGAAGGUCCAGGCAGCAAGAGGAUACACACGAGGAGGAGGCUCAAGAGAACCAUCUGACCUCGCCCACCCCCUGUAGCCUUGUUGGUGUUUCUGAAACAGAAACAUCAAGGGAGGCUCAGCCAUUCUCACCCACAUUGGGGGAGGAGGUUGAAAUUGAAGGCAGUGAUGUCAACAAAGACUCUGACAAUGGCAUACCAUUAGUAGAGGUCAAAAGUGGACCGGUCUGUGAUUCUGAGGUACUUGUGCUUGUAACAGGUCCUGAGGAAGAGGUUACAGUAGCGGGGGAGGGGUAUGAAGCAGCAGGUGUAGAGGGGACAGGGCAAGGCAGAGUAGAGGUUGCAAGCGAAGGGGAAAUGGGAAUAAAAAAUGACAAGGCAGAUGAGGCAGAGACCAAAGUUGUCAAGAGCAGUGACGACACCAAAGAGAUGUCCUCAAAAGAGCCUACCUCAGAAUAUGGUGCAGCAGCUGAACAAGAGAAAAACAAAUCGAGUAAAGACGUGAAAUGUUUAGACUCAUAUCCUCUGCCUAGGGAAACCAUUGAGGACACCAUGAAAAAUGGCACACAGAUUAGCCAAGGGACAGACCUUGAUACUAGUAAGAGCCCAAUCAAAUCAAACCCUGAGCUUCAGAAAACAAAAAAGGUUGAAGCGUUACCAGAGAUAACUGACCUGCAGCCACAGGCCCAAGCAGGCAACAAGAAGAAGAAAGGCAAGAAGAAGAAGGGAGAGACACAAAGCGACGUAAAGCAGGAAGACCAUAAGAAGAGCACAACAGAAACGUGUGUAGUCUCCAUGACAAAUGGCACACAGAUUAGCCUAGGGACAGACCUUGAUACUCCUAAGACCCCAGUCGAAUCAAACCCUGAGCCUCAACCUGAGCCUCAGAAAACAAAAAAGGCAUGUGUGUUGCCAGAGACCACUGACAUGCAGCCACAGUCCCAAGGAGGCAAAAAGAAAAAGAAAGGCAAGAAGAAGGGUGAGAAACAAGGUGAUGAAACGCAGGGAGAUAAGAUGAGCACAACAGAAGAGGAUGUGGGCUCCACCCCAAGCGAUAAGGAGCCAGUAGAGGCGGUAGGAGAGGAGGUUAUCACAAUAGAGACACAGCGAGAGGAGGGGACCAGUAGUUCACCAGAUCGAGAGCUCCAAAGCCCUGAACAAAAAGUACAAACCAUAGCUGAGGGACUGAACCUGAAGGAAGAACAACUAGAAGAAGACCGAGUAGAGCCUACCAUUGAAGUAUCUCUGACUGACCAAGCUAAGAGUGAGGAAGUUGUCUCAAAGAAGAAAAAGAAGAAAAUGAAAAAGGACAAACACAAACCUACAAUGGAAUUAGAGAAAUCAGAAGGCGAGAUAUCAGUAUUAUCCCUUGAGUCCAACAUUGGUAUUGCUGAUCCUGUUGAUCACUCCAAGUGUAUAACCAGCGCUUAUAACCCUAUGGAGGAAUUAGAAUCGACAACAGAUACUGGUACCCAAAAGGACGAGUCAGGGUACACAACCAACCCUGAUAACUUUGGAGACUGUUUGAACUCUUCAGCUGACCCAAAAUGUCCAUUGGACUUGAAACAGUCCACAGUUGGGAAUUCAAACAAUGUCAAAGAGGAAGAUGCAAUCAAGGUCUCAGUUGAAGAGGAACAAACUAUCCAAAACUCAAAGGAACAGGGGAAUAACUUUCACAGUCCCAUCGUCCUAAGACCAGAGCUCAAGGAGAGCGUGGAACCUGAAGACCUUAUCUUCCAUGAUGGUGUCGCUACUCACCCAGACCAGGCAAAUGAAAAUGCAACACAAGACCUAAAAGAGGCAGGUCAAGAUAAACCAAAUGGGAGCCCAGAAGAGCGUACAAAUGCACUUGAACAUGAAGACACUUCAAUGGCAAUGCCAGCAAAUGUAGAGAAAUGCAACAAUUCAGCAGAUGAGAAAUGUUGUAGCAUAUCGCUUGACCGCAACUGCCCUGCUGCUGAGACGAUAAGACUGCCUGAACAAUUGGUGGAUCUACCUGGUUGUCCAGUCACUGACAGGCACUUGUAUGAAAACAACAAGCCAGAAACACUUGAUGCAGAAGAGGCAUCAAAUGGAGGGAUCUCUACAGAGACCGAGCUGAAUGAUACAGAAACAUUUGAUGCAGAAGAGGCAUCAAAUGGAGGGAUCUCUACAGAGACCGAGCUGAAUGAUACAGAAACACUUGAUGCAGAAGAGGCAUCAAAUGGAGGGAUCUCUACAGAGACCGAGCUGAAUGAUACAGAAACAUUUGAUGCAGAAGAGGCAUCAAAUGGAGGGAUCUCUACAGAGACUGAGCUGAAUGAUACAGAAACACUUGAUGCAGAAGAGGCAUCAAAUGGAGGGAUCUCUACAGAGACCGAGCUGAAUGAUGCAGAAGAGGCAUCAAAUGGAGGGAUCUCUACAGAGACCGAGCUGAAUUAUACAGAAACACGACUACAGGACCCUGUAAAAGAAACUCCGGUGACAAUUGACUCUUUUAGGGAACAGAGCCACAAUGAAAGUGGACCAUGCACUAUGGUGGCUAAAGCAGAAGAGCAAGAUGAUCCCAUUGAGGCCAAGCUGGAGGGUAACAAGGUACCUGGACCCAGUAAGCCGUGGAAUGACAAGGAGCAUGAAAAUGAGGGUCAAUCGUUUGACUUUUCUGACCUAGUUUCAGUGGUUCCUGCAAAUGUAUUCCCAAUAGCAUCCCAAGAGGAGGUCAGCCAGGAAAUGAGAACGAUGUCGGUAGGAUACAAAAUAGAGGUAGAGCUUGGUAAAGAGAAGGGUAACCAGGAAGAGGAGGAUGACAAACCGCAGGACACAGAGGGAGUUAGCACGAUAGUGGCACAGCAAUCAAUUGAAGGGGGGUCGGAUAAUGCACCAGAGGAGCUCCGAAGCCAUGAAGAAAAAGCACAAACCAUAGUUGAGGGCCAGAACGUGAAUGGAGAACAACAACUAAUCACAUUAGAGGAGGGGGUUAGUGUAACAUACAACCAGAAAGACAUUGCAGAGGAGGGAGGGAGUGUGACUGUUGAACAGCAAGGUGUAGGGGAGAGCGAGAGGCAGCAGAAUGCAACUGAGGUAGAGGCUUUGCCAGUAGAGGAGGGGGAAGAGGCAAUCCAGUAUGGGUCACAGCAGGGUAGAAGAGAAAGUAGUCAGAGUGCAGAGGGCAACAACGAGCAAUCUAGGACAGGCUUGAAAAAAGGCAGUAAGAAAGUAAAAGGCAAGGGAAAAGAGGACUGCCGAAUGUCCUAGUUUUUAAGUCUGCACUCAAUAUAAACAACAGCAAAUAUUUAUGAAAGUGCAAAGAGUCUCAACUAAUACAGCCAAAGCAAGUACCAUUACAAUUCCUUCCAAAGUUAUAAUUCGAUGUACUGUAUUUUGAGGUCAAAGUAUUUGUGACAUAUAUUUUGUUUUGGCUUUGUAUUCCAGCACUUUGGAUUUGAAAUUAUACUAUGAGGUAAAGUGUAGCAUCCACAUUAAUUUAAUUUGAGCGUACUUUUUGUUCAGCACUUUUUGUACAUGCACUGGUCCCCCCAUUUUAGGGAACCAAAAGUAUUUGGACAAAUUCAUUUGUGUGUUAAAGUACUCAAAAGUGUAGUAUUUGGGCCUAUAUUCCUAGUACUCAAUGACUACACUAAGCUUGUUUGAUGUAUUUGCAGUUUGUUUUUGUUGUUUCAGAUUAUGUUGUGCCCAAUACAUUAUUUAACAUUACAUUUCUAUGGUCACUUUUAUUUUAAAUAAGAAUAGAAUGUUUCUAAACACUUCUACAUUAAUGUGACGCUACCAUGAUUACGAAUAAUGAUGAGUGAGAAAGUUAGAGGCACAAGACCAUAACCCCAAAACAUGCUAAACAGGAGAGGUUGAGGGGGAUGAUGUGUAUGGCUCUAUAGUUUUCUCACUCAUCAGUAUUCAUGAUUAUCCAUAAUCAUUGUAGCAUCCACAUUAAUGUAGAAGUGUUUAGAAAUAUUAUAUUCUUAUUUACAACAAAAGUGACUCCAAAAUGACACAAUACAUUAUUUACCAUACGUUUCUAUUGGGUAUAAGCUUGAUGUAGUCAUUGCUUGGAAUAUGGGACCAAAUACUAAACAUUUGACUACUUUAAUACACAUAUGUGAAUUUGUUCAAAUACUUUUGGUUCCCUAAAAUGGGUGGACAAUGUACGAAAAGUGCAGUCAUUUCUAAACGGGUACCCCAAUUUGGAUGAAAACACCCUCAAAUUAAAGCUGACUAUGAUAAACAUUAGACAUAUGAUGGCCAUGCAACAACAAAUAUGCCACUGUCCAAAUACUUUGACUUCACAGCAUGUGUGUAUUUUAGCACAUUUUUGGGGAAGUUUGCCAUAAGGGGUGGGUAAUCUUACCACGCAGGCUGUUUUUCCACAAACAAGCAGUAACACACCUGAUUCAACUAAGAAAACCAUUCAUUUAAGACUAGUAGUAGUUGAUAAGUAGAAUCAAUCAAAUGUGUUACUACUUGCCUGGCCCUGGUAGGGUACAUUGCCCAUACUCUCGUAUAAAUCUGCAGCACCUAUAUACCUAUACUGUAAUAAUGUAAUAUUGAUUGGUUGAAUGACAGUAUGUUUUUCUUCAUCUAUUCAAGGCACAAUGUUUAUAUUGCAAUGCAUGAUAUUCGUAUCGUCAUACCGUCCUUCUCUCAUCCUGUGAUUUAUGGAAUUACCGGCCUAGUACACAAGGGGGCGCCAAAAAAACAACCCAUUGGCUGUCUAACCAGAAUGCUAACAUAAUUGGCACAAGCAAUAGUGAAUUUCCAUGGAGGCUGCUAGCUAAAUAUGUUAAUGAUCCCAAAUGAAAAUAAACUAAUUGCAAAGACAGGCAAUCCAGCUCAUAAAGGUAUACAUGUAUACGUAGGAGGUAUACGUAGGAGCUACCAAAUGUAAUUUUUUGGUCAGUUUGGACAUUUACAAGCUAAAUGUGAAUGGCAGACUUUGUGCAAAUUAAGUUUUGACUCAUGCAUGUCUGUGUGGAGUCGCUGGGGAAGGGGCCUGCCUGCUCAGACGGAACGUGAAUGAAGAGGACCAAAAACGCAAGGAAAUCCAGCAGUGGUAGCAUUACAGAUAAUUCGUCCAAAGGGCUUUGAGUUCUCAAACACAGCAGAAAGCUAACACCAUACUAUGCCCCGUCACCUUAUUAAUUCAGCCACUUACUUAGACAACUAACAAGUUAAACUUAAGUUAAUGCAGAAUUCUGUUUUUAACGCAGGAAAAAAAUAUAAAACAUAACAAAUAUCUUGCUGAAUUUUGUAAAUGCAGAUCUAAAAUGCUUAUUAAAAUGUCUGCUCGGCAUCAGACUACUUUUGUGCUUCAGUUUCACUUCUCCACUCAGAUGAGAAUUCACAAACGAGCAUUCUAUCAGCAGACAGUUCUCUGAAUGAUGUGUAGCUACUUUUCUGAUCCUUUUCUUAGUGUAACCAGACUACUUUUCUCUUGUAAAAUGCGAGAUUAACUUUAAGCGAAACAUUAGGAAAAGUAGCUGGCUACAUUCUUUCUAUGAUAAACAUUCGAAAUACAGUAUGAUGGCAAUGCAUCGUUUUUGCAAGGAAGACCUUGCUUUUUCAUUGCAAGCUCAUUUACUUUUGUGGCUGCCAGCCAAAUAGCGUUACACUUCAGUUGAUAAAAAGGAAGCUAUUUUCUGUCAAAUGUGCUGCACUAAUGUAUUUUCUGUGAAGGAAAACUACAGUUGCACUUCCCUGAUCGCGCUUGAAGCAAAAAACACUUGACUUUAAAUAUAAAACGCGACCCUUGUCAAUACACAGCUGGACUGCUCCGGCUUUCUCCCAUUGUGCUAUUUACAAACACACAUGUUAAGAGUAGGGGUGUUAACCACGGUGUUCUGGCUAAAUUCCCAAUCUGGCCCUUAUACCAUCAUCGCCACCUAAUCAUCCCCAGCUUCCUAUUGGCUCAAUCAUCCCCAGGACAUUGCUGUAAAUGUCCUCAACUGUUCUCAGGGCAAUUACGGUAAAGCUUCAUAAUGUGAAAUGAAGAACGCGAUCUACUGUAUCUGCUAACAUAUUGCAAUUAUUAUUUUUUUACUUAAAAGAAAUAGUUUCUCCUGGCUAUUUCCAAAUACGGUAUACCGACCAAGCGUAGUCAAAAGUUUGCCCAGAACAAAAAAUAUUUUCUUGCUUGGUGUAUUUUGAUGAAGAGAGAAACUAACCGAUUGAGAUUUUCUUAUGCCAUAAAAUAAUUGGCCGAAAAAUCCUCCAUGUUACAAGUCCAUUCCAUGUAGGCAAUGAUCUCAGGUGAAAUCCAUGCCCUAGGAUAUCAUGCGCAUACUGUAAAAUUGCUUUGUGUUCAGCAUAUGCCAUGGUUCCUGAAUUCAUAUGAUAUGACUGCUAGACAAAUUGUAUACAAGAAUAUGACUCUCUUGUUAAUCACUGGUCUAAAUGUUUCUUCAUGUGCACUUUUUGUAAGGAAAUACCUUCUGACCCUUUUCAUGAUUGAAUAAAAUAAGUAAUUACAAACUUUGAGAAAUA